AUGUUGUUUAAAAUAAUUUGUUUAACUGUGUUGGUGUUCGCUGGUGUUCAAUCAGCUGAACUGCCAGUCGCAAAAUGCAAUCUAGAAGAUUCCGCCUGUCUAAGGACGUCGUUCCAGAAAAUGAUGCCCAUAUUCAUGACCGGUGUACCUGAUGCUAACGUUGAAGUGCUGGAUCCUAUGGAAAUGGAUGACCUCGCCUUCGAUUUGGCUGGUCUACAGUUUACCAUGACCGGAGGCUUAAUGAGAGGAUUGAAGAACUCGAUCGUUGAUGGUGUCCAAUGGGACACGAAGAAAAAGACUUUUACGGUUGACUUCCAUAUGGACAACUCUGUGAAGGGUCACUACACUGCUAAUGGACGUAUCUUGAUUCUGCCUAUCACUGGUGACGGUCAGAUUAAGAUUAGACUGAAGCGUCUCCAACUGAAAAUUAAGAUAGCAUACGAUGUAGUAAAGGGACCCAACGGCAAGGACAUCAUCAAACCUAAGAAGUACAGCUUUGACUUCGAUGUCCAAGAGAGUGCUCAUUACCAACUGACCAAUUUGUUUAACGGAAACAAGGAGCUCAGUGAAACUAUGUUGACCUUCUUGAACGAAAACUGGAAGCAAAUCGCUGCGGAGUUCGGCAGACCCAUGAUUGAUUUAGCCUCAAAGAGAAUAUUCAAGAAUGUUGUCAACUUCUUUGAAGCUAACCCGAUAGAAGAGAUCACCAGUGCCUGA